AUGAGUGCUGUUUCAACUGCCUCUAGCUUUGCACAGCAAAUUCCGGGCUGGUUAGGCACUUUGGCAAUUAGCUUCGACGGAAGAAUCCUUUAUUCCUCCGGUGAGUUAUCCGACGACACUGAAUUAGCGCCAAAAUUUCUUGAGUUGGCUCGUCAUCUUGCUGAGUACAUGAUUCUGGAUGGUGAAACUGCAGCUCAAGAGGACCGUUUCCGGCGGUUAACAAUUUUGUGUUCUAGGUACGCUUAUGUUAUGACCGCUGUAGGGGAAGCCGUGUAUGUGAUCAAGAGACAAUUAUCUCUUUCGGAUUCUGAUGAGGACAGGCAAGGAUCUCAACCUUCUCACAUGCCCGUAAAUGUCUGA